GGGGUUUGGAUCAAAUCCCGUCUCCGGUCGCAACCACUUGAGUUUUUUUUUUCCUUUAAAUGAUUAAACCAGGAAAGAAAGCAGCCAGUCCCGACUUCCCCUUUUCAGAUCCCCGCGGAGGCGAGAGGGUGGCAGGAUUGCAACAGCGCACGGUGUCGCGAGACAACAUAUCCUGGGCGUUUCGGCCAGUCUCCAAGCUGCAUAUCCUGUGCGUUUCAGCCAGUCUCCAAGCUGCAGUCCUGCAGAGAGGGUUCACAGUUUCAUCACGUAAAGAGGAUCAGAUCAUGUUGUGAGACGCAGGGCUGCUUUGUAAUAAGGUCCGCGCAGCUACACGAUCAACACCAUGACAGACCGCUUCGACUGCCAUUACUGCCACGACUCUCUGUACGGCAAGAAGUACAUCAAGAAGGACGAGAAGCACUGCUGCCUGCGCUGCUUCGACAAGUUCUGCGCCAACACCUGCGCAGAGUGCCGGCGCCCCAUCGGAUCAGACGCCAAGGAGCUGCACCAUAAGAACCGGUACUGGCACGAGGAUUGUUUCCGCUGCGCUAAGUGCUACAAGCCCCUGGGCAACGAGCCCUUCUCCGCCAAGGACGACAAGAUCCUGUGCAACAAGUGCAGCUCCCGGGAGGACUCUGCCCGCUGCCACGGCUGCUACAAACCCGUUCUGCCAGGAACUCAGAGUGUGGCGUACAAGGGCAACACCUGGCACGAGGAGUGCUUCACCUGCUUCCAGUGCAAGCUCCCCAUCGGAUCACAGAGCUUCCUGACCAAGGGAGAGGACACUUACUGUACCUCCUGCCACGAGAAGAAGUUUGCCAAGAUCUGCGUCCACUGCAAGAAGGCCAUUACUUCUGGUGGGGUCAGCUACCAGGACCAGCCCUGGCACUCAGAGUGCUUCGUCUGCAACACCUGCAAGAAACCCCUGGCUGGGCAGCGCUUCACUGCCCACGAGGACCACCUGUACUGCGUGGACUGCUACAAGACCACCGUGGCCAAGAAGUGCUCCGGCUGCGACAACCCCAUCACCGGAUUUGGGAAAGGGACCAAUGUGGUGAAUUACGAGGGACAAUCCUGGCAUGAGUACUGCUUCACCUGCAAGAAGUGCUCCCUCUCGCUGGCCAACAAGCACUUCGUCACCCACAGUGAAGCCAUCUACUGCCCGGACUGCGCCAAGAAGCUGUGAACAGCAGGGGUACAGGCCUGUACACCUCGAGAGGGGAGAAGAAACGAUUUGAAACAAGUUCAGUAUAGUGGGCCUAUAUUGUAAUUCAAGUUGCACUAGCACGCCCCUUGCAUGAUUAUAGUUAGACAGGCACCUGCAUUACUAGAACUGAGUCAGCUGCAGAUGUAAUGGAAUGCAAACCAAAAGCAUCAGCAAUCAAGUGGCAGUGUCAAAGUGAUGGCUCACUAUGCAGGCUUGAAAUGAUUUUAUUUUUUACUGCUUCCUCCCCAAGAAAUCAGCAUUUAUCUAUUGAAGUAAUUCAGACUUCGUAAGCAUGCAUGAUAACCAAUUACUUUAUGGAUCUUUGCUAAGGGUUUGAAUUGCAUUUAUGAUUAAGGGCCUUUUUUUCUGGAAUGCUUUUGCUCUGACAGUAGUAUGGAUUUUCUUGAAAGCAGCAUUAAUACAGCUUUAAGUAUUUGUAAGGGUGAUUUAUGACAGUUAGCUAAAUAACAGUAAGCAACUACUUUAUGUAAGCACAUAUAUUAACUAAUAUUUAGGGAUAUAAAAUAUAUAUAUAUAUCUAUAUAUCUAUAUAUCAUAUAUAUAUAUAUAUAUAUAUAUAUAUAUAUAUAUAUAUAUAUAUAUAUAUAUAUCUAUAUAUCAUAUAUAUAUAUAUAUAUAUAUAUAUAUAUAUAUAUAUAUAUAUAUAUAUAUAUAUAAUCUUUUAAUUUUAAUCUUACAAUAGGGCAGGUGAGCAUGUUGAAACAUUGUGUCAAUACUCUAACCACACAUAUUAAUGACUUGCUGUAAUCAUGAAUAUUUGAGUAACAUUACAUUUUCCAGUGAAAUGGCAAUUAAAUGCAAGAAUAAACUGGGUGAAAAUGA